ACUCGCCCGCGCACCACAAAUCCCCGCCACCACAAUUAACCCCAAACCCUAAGCCCACCACUCCCCCCCUCCCUCAGCCGCCGCCGCAGCCUCCACCACAACUAGAGCGCCAGGCCCCCCCUCAGCCCCCCCGUCCCCAUGGCCGCCGACGCCGUUGCGGCGGCGAUGGCUGCGUCCUCCCUCGGCAGCGACCUGGAGCCCGCCACCGUCCGCACCGCCAUCCGCGACGUCCUGGCCGCGGGCACCGCGCGGGCCGGCGAGCGCGUCGUGGUCGGGGGCUGGGUCCGGACGGGCAGGGAGCAGGGUAAGGGCACCUUCGCCUUCCUCGAGCUCAGCGACGGCUCCUGCGCUUCCACGCUCCAGGUGAUUGUCGACGCCGCCGUGCACCCGCUCGCGCGCCUCACCGCCACGGGCACCUCCGUGCUCGUCGAGGGCGAGAUCAAGGAACCGCCCGAGGGGACCAAGCAGAACGUCGAGCUCAAGGUCAGCCGCGUGCUCGAGGUCGGCGAGGUCGACGCCGCCGCCUACCCGCUGCCCAAGGGCAAGGUCAAGCUCACGCUCGAGAAGCUCAGGGAUGUCGUUCACCUCCGCUCGCGCACUAACACGAUUGGUGCAGUUGCUAGGAUUAGGCACCAGCUAGCCUUUGCAACACACAGGUUCUUCCACGAGAAUGCAUUUCUCUAUGUACAUACACCAAUAAUAACUACAAGUGACUGUGAGGGUGCUGGUGAGAUGUUCCAAGUAACAACUUUGUUUAGCCAGGCUGAAAAAACUGAAAAGGAAUUGAAAGAGAACCCUGCACCUUCUGAAUCUGAAAUCGAGGCAGCUAAAGUUAUUGUCAAGGAGAAAGGAGAUGCCGUUGCGCAGCUUAAAGCUGCAAAAGCCAGCAAACAAGACAUAUCAGCUGCUGUUGAUGUGCUUAAUAGGGCAAAGGAACAUGUUUCAAAGCUGGAGGAGAGGUCUAAGUUAAAGCCUGGUAUUCCACGCGGGGAUGAUGGGUCAAUAGCUUUUGAAAAUGACUUCUUCAAGCGUCAAGCUUUUCUGACUGUGUCUGGACAGCUUCAGGUUGAGACAUACGCAUGUGCUCUUAGUAGCGUGUAUACCUUUGGACCAACAUUCCGGGCAGAAAACUCACAUACAUCACGCCAUUUGGCAGAGUUUUGGAUGGUUGAACCAGAAAUCGCAUUUGCAAACUUGCAGGAUGAUAUGAACUGUGCGGAAAAAUAUAUACAAUACCUUUGCAAGUGGCUGCUUGACCAUUGCCGGGAAGAUAUGGAAUUCAUGGUGAAAAAUUAUGAUAAGAGUGCAAUUGAACGUCUGGAGCUCGUUUCCUCAACUCCUUUUGUGCGGAUUUCAUAUACAAAGGCUGUGGAGCUCUUGAAAAAUGUUACUGACAAGAAGUUUGAUAACAAAGUUGAAUGGGGAAUUGAUUUAGCCUCUGAGCACGAAAGGUAUUUGACGGAGGAUAUAUUUAAGAAGCCAGUUAUUGUUUAUAACUAUCCAAAAGGAAUAAAGGCAUUUUAUAUGAGGCUCAAUGAUGAUGACAAGACGGUGGCUGCAAUGGAUGUUCUUGUGCCCAAGGUUGGUGAGUUGGUUGGUGGAAGUCAAAGGGAGGAACGUCUAGAUGUUCUCAAACAGAGGAUACUUGACGCUGGCUUGCCUUUGGAACCCUAUGAAUGGUACUUAGACCUCCGCCGCUUUGGGUCCGUAAAGCACAGCGGCUUUGGGUUGGGUUUCGAAAGGAUGAUUCUUUUUGCCACUGGUAUGGAGAACAUCAGAGAUGUUAUACCCUUCCCGAGGUACCCAGGGAGGGCUGACCUGUAAUCUUUGAAGACUUUGGUUAAACAGAUGCGAAUUGAUUCAUUCAACAUGCUGGCAAGAUUUUGGAAUGAUUUUGCCGAUCAGUUGCCCUACUUUGCACAUUAGAUAUAUUGGAGUAUACUGGUACGGUUGUCUAGUGUCAUGUAAUUUCCAGUGUACUAAAUUUGCCUUUGUUAGUUAAAUGCUCAACUAGAGCCAAAAUUUUAAUCAUAACACUGUAAGGAAUUAUAGUUUUGUGGGGUGAAGUUGGUCUCUUUCGCCUAUUCAGCUAUGAAAUAUUUGCAUCUUUCAAGCUCA